AUGCCGCUUAAGUUUGCAGUCGUAGCGGCCGCACUUUUCGUGCUCUUAAUAGAGGGCGGAGCUGCUCAAAGUGAUUGUCCGUACACUGUCAGCGUAUUGGACGUCCCGGGCGUGCAGUGCACGACAGCUGUGCCAUGUUCCGGCACGUACUACACAACUGGAUUGUCUCAGGGCGUGGGGGCAUGUCCCACGGGCUCGAGCUGUGCUUUGCUGCCGCUUACGCCGAUCAUGGGCUGUGCUGCUGCAGGUCGUCCGGACCUCAUUUACGUGAACGCCGACGGCACGUUGACAAAAGGCGGCAGGUCGGUGACACUCUCAGGUACUAUCAUCGUGGACGUGACACUCGCACCGAGUCGCAGCAGCAGCGGCAGCAAUAGCAGAAUGGAAAGCCAUAACAACACCAGCAGAAUUGGCUCGUCGAGUAACUCGCGGUCGUCUGCAAACAGCUCCAGCGACAGCAACGCAAGUUCAGGCUCGCAGUCGAUGCCCGGCAGCUGGGAUGAUGACAAGAGCGAUGCUUCGGACAGUGGCAACUCCACGAGCAACGACAAUGCCGCGAACAGUACGUCCCGGUCGCGGCCAUCCGACUCGGGCUCUGGGUCGUAUACGAUUUCACCCGCCAGUAGCUCUGCCAACCAACAGGCUCAGUUCAAUCCCGGAUCGAUUCUCAGCGAUAGUUCCAAGUCGUCGAAGUCGUCGACAGGCGGCGGCCUCGGUCUCGGGUCCAUCAUUGCUAUUGUCGUGGGCUGCUUGGCCGUCGUCGCUAUUGCAGCUGGUGCUCGGCUGCUGAAAAAGGGCAAAGAGGCCGAUUUGGCAACGCCGGAUGCUGUUGCAGAAGCCUAUAACAACGGGGGCGGCGGUGGGGGCGGCGGUAUGACUCCAAAGGAAAGUGUGCUGCUGCUGUAA